CUACAAUAUCAAAAUCGACUCCGAGAGAACGCGAUCGAGAAAGCGUAGCAACUCAGAGCGUGGUCGGCUUCGCUGCUACUGGUAGUAAACGCGGAGGUGCCAAGAAGACUGCGAGUUACUCAGUUCCGUGUCUUUGCCCUCUCACCCAUAGUUUCGAAACACAGGCUUCUCAGGUGCAACUGCUUGGG